AUGGAGGGAUGCUCGAGCUUUGAAAACCAGACGUCAAGCACACCUUUACUCCAUGGCCGCGCAAGCUAUGGAGCUGAGGUCCAACUUACAGCCCGCCGCAUCAACCUUAAGAUGGACCUUGGGCUCCUGCCGCUGCUCUCGCUGCUAUAUCUCUCCAACGGGCUGGACAGGGGCAACGUCGGCAAUGCGCAGACACAGGGAUUUACCGACGACAUCGGGGUGCUUCCAAGCGACCUCAACCUCGCUGUAUCACUGUUUUUUGUUGGCUUUUUGCUGUUUCAGCCGCUGUCGGUAGGCAUCGUAAUUGACAAUCCAGGGGCUCUGAUUGUUGCACGACUUCUCGUGGGGGUCUUCGAGGCCGGCUUUUACCCUACAGCCGUGGCGUAUCUCGCAUCAUUCUAUUCGCGAUACGAUCUCGGUGUCCGGCUCGCGCUCUUCUAUGGGCAGUACAGCAUUGCCAACGCCUUCUCCGGGUUGCUGUCAUACGCCAUCUUUUCGAUUCGCCACCCGAUUCUCAAGGGCUGGCAGCUCCUCUUCAUAUUGGAGGGCGUGCUUACGUGCGGGCUGGCGCUGCUGGCAUGGUGUUGGCUCCCGGAGGCACCAGGCACCGCGUGGUUCCUCACCGAGGACGAGCGCGUUUUUGCUGCAGAGAGGGCACAGGCCGAGUCUGUUGACCAGGCCGGGGCUCCCAGAAUUUCGAGGAGGGAUAUCGUGGAGACAGCGAAGGACUGGAAGCUCUGGUUUGCUCUAGUGAUGAACAUCUGCGCGAGCGUCCCUGCCAGCGCGUUUGCCGUGUUUUUGCCGCUGGUGAUGUCGGUCCCGCCGGCCGUGUGCGGAGCCGUUGGCCUCUACCUGUUCGCACUCAGCUCGGAUCGGCGGCAGGAGCGGGGCUACCACAUCAUGGUUGCCAUGGCGGUAGUUCUGGCCGGGCUGAUCGCUGUCGUCAUGUCGGCGACAGACACGGCCAGGUAUGCGUCGCUCUGCCUGACCCUCUUUGGGAGCGGCGUGCCACCCCCACUCACGGCGGCUUGGCUCAGCGGCAACACACCGACGCAGGGCAAACGCGCACUGGUAAUGGGCGUCAACGGCUGGGGAAAUGUCGCGGGCAUUAUUGGGGCGCAGCUGUUCACGCCCGAGCACGCGCCAGAGUACCACACGCCGUUUCGCGCGACGCUGGCAUUUGUUGCCGCGGCCCUGGCCUGUGUUUGGGCGUAUCGGGCCGCGCUGCAGUCGGUCAACAGGCGCCGGGCAGCAAUUAGGGCCUCGAAAACCAGCGACGAGAUCGACGCGGAGCGCUGCAACAACGUUAGAUACGCUGACCGAAAAUGGACGUUUGCAUAUGGGCUGUAA